AUGCUCCGCCGCUCAGCGGUGAUAGAUAUUGCCCCAGGGGAGCAUGGACUGCGGGGGCGUGCGUGGGCGGAGAUAGAAGACAUGCAACAGCGCGAGAGCCGGGGACCACCGGUCGUCGAGCUUGCGGGGAUCCACUGCCUGCGAAUUUCAGUGUCGCCGUCUGCCAUUGGUGGGACGAGCCCACUCGAGUCUGCAGACCCGGCGGCAAAGGGCGAGCAUUACUGGGGUGAUGCAGCGACGAUCCCUCCCACGGAAGCUAUUUCUGCGGUAUCUGUGCGCGCGCUGCUGCCCCGCGUAAGCCGCUUGCGCUCAUUGGGAGCAUCGAGAGGCGAUAUCAGACGAAUUAAAUCCUCGGAGCAGCGGACGUCAGCUGCGACAGCGGUGCGCAAGACGAUAUCCGGAUGGAUAGCAGCAUGA